AUGGAUGUCCUCACUAAGUGGGCCUUGUACUCGUAUGAGGAUGAAAGCGAUGAUUUGAAAUUGGCAUCAUCAGGAGGAGGCGGGCUGGCAGAGAUCACGCUGACCUUCGACAGCGCCCGGGUGAUGUACGGCUUCUGCAGCCUGAAGGAGCCUGCCGCCGCCUUGCCACGAUACAUCCUCAUCAACUGGGUCGGAGAUGACGUGGCGGAUGCCAGGAAGUGUGCCUGUGCCAGCCACGUGGCCACCAUCGCAAACUUCUUACAGGGGGUGGAGUUGACUGUGAACGCCAGCAGUCUGGAGGACAUCGAGCCGUCGGCCAUCGGGCAGAGGCUGACCAAUGGGACGGCGGUGGUGGCGAGUCCCGUCCUGAGCCGCCUGAAGACCCGAGAGGAGGACAACAAAGACGUGGGCACAGUGUACGAGAAGACUAAUGCAGAGGUGGAGAUGAAGAAGAUCAAUAGGGAGGAGUUCUGGGAGCAAGCCAAGCGCGAGGAGGAGGUGAGGAAGGAGGAGGAGAAGAUGAAGGUAGCAGAGGAGAGGCAGCGUUUUGACGAGGAGCGAAUGGAGCUGGAGAGGAAAGAGCAGGAGAGCCGAGAGCUGAGAUACCGCGAGAGGGAGCAGCAGAUCGAGGAGCACCGGAAGAAGCUGCUGGAGGAGGAAGAAGCCAAAGAGAGGUUGCAGAGCCAGGCAGCCAUGGCAGCAAAAGCGAGCCUCGACGACCUCAACCUGGACAAGAAGGAGACUGAGGCGGAGGAGGCAAAGGCCAUCAUCGCUCAGCGCUCAGGAAACCCUCGGGAGUUUUUCAAGCAGAAGGAGAGAGCCAUGACCAUCAGCGUCGACACCUCACCCGUCUCCAUCCACAGGAGCGGCCGCUUGGACAGCCCCUUCUUGAGGCAGCAGCACAGUCCCAGCAGCCCCAGUCCGAGCCCCCUCCCCCGGGGCACGUCGCCCCUCCGCACCCCGCCACACUCACGGACACAGCCCACCGCCGCCGGCGAUUUUGACGAUGAAGGAAGCAGAGAUCUCAACAUGGCCGCCGUGUCACCCAUCCCUAAAAUAGUCACUACUUCCAUCAUAGAAGACUUCACCAGGGAGGAUGAGGACGGCAGAGACGAGUGGGGUUCGGAGCCAAAGAAGGAUCAGAAACCCCCGGCCCAGGACUCGGCCCCCACGAAGCCCGUGCAGAGCGUGGCCCCGCAGACCCGCGACUCCUCCGGCUUCUCUGCCUGGGAGUCCGGGACAGACCGCCUGGUCAACCUGUGGGACAGCAGCGCCGACGCCCCCGAGUCCCAGAACUCCCAGUCCUCCAAUCUGGUGGACCUGAUAGGCGACGCUGCUAUCCCGCCCGGCAACAGCGCCAAGCCUCAGCCCCUCCUCAGCUUCGAUGACAUGAUUGAGGGGUCUAUGUGCUCGGCCACCGGCCCCGAGGACGACCCCACCAGCCUUGUGGACGUGAUGGCCGAGGACCAGAUGACCCUGAGCUACCAGCAUGCAUUGCAGCAUGCAUCUGGGGAGAAGAAGGAGCUGCUGAUGACCAACGGGGAGAUGAAGGAGGGGACUCAGGCAAGUGAGGGCUAUUUCAGCCAAUCACAGGAGGAACAAUUUGGCCAAUCGGAGUCCUCGGCUAAACCUGCGCCUGUCUUUUAUAACAAGCCACCAGAGAUUGACAUUACGUGCUGGGACGCAGAUCCAGUGGGCGACGAAGACAGCGACUAACCGGCCAAUCAGAAGCCACCACCGGACCAAGAGGAAGUAGAAAGUGCGCUUUAAGAAGAAAAAUAGUUUUUUUCUAAAAAACAAAAUACAAACAAACAAACAAAAAAAAAUAAUAUUAAUAACAAAUCUUGCAUCGAAACUACUUCUGUAUUAUCUUUUAGAGGAAAACAAAACAGUAGCCACCGGGAAAAAAAUACGGGGUUUGCGUUAAAUAUGGUUUGAAGGCUCAGUUUUUUUUUCCGGUGUUUGUUAUUUUAUUUAUUUGUUUUUUCUUUUGCAAUGCAGAUGUAAUAGCUGGGAGCGGGAGGGGGACUUUUGUUUGUGUAAAUGAUUUAUUACACAUUAACGUAGCGCACUGCUGCAUAUUAGAGACAAUGAAGCCCAGUAUGUGGCAGGCAGCCGGCACACCUAGUCUGUAGUGCUUUAAUAACACCCUAUAAAACUGCUGCCAUGUAUACCUUCACUCUCUGUUUCUUUUCUUACCUCUUUUUCACCUCUAUUCUUCCUUCCUUCCUCUGUUAAUAUCCAAAAACAUUCACUUCUGCAAGUCAGUUAAUCUUGUAUUUAGCUCUCACUCAAUUGGAAAAAAGUGAAAUAUUUUAUUUAUUCUGGUCUAUCUAAACGUAAAUGAAAUUCAUGAUAAAAGUUAACUGUGGCUAUGUAUUGGUCUUUCUUUCGCUCCUUUUGUAUGAUUUUAAGACUGAAUUCAAGAUUAAAUGGCUUGUAAAUCUGCUUGCUUUUUCCAGUGCACUUUUAUUUCUUCUGUGGAUGAACAGCUGCUUCUAAAUCAGCCCUCCCCUCUGGUUCCAUACAAAUCCUACUUUUUACCCCAAUUAUAUAUUAAAACAAGCAAAUGAAAUAAUAUUUGUUGCAUCAAAUCUAGAUGAAUAUACUGUAGAUAUUUUUCCAAGUGUUUUGUAGGAGGCUUUAAGGUAAUGAAAACAAAGCCAUCUUCAGAUAGUGCAAAGUCGAAAAAAAUUAAGCUUUUGUAUGAAUCUUCUAACAUUUCUCCAAAGGCUAAAAAUUAUAAAGUUUUCCACCAAGCCCUUCAUAAUGUGGGCAUUUCUACACAACAGUGGGCACAGUUUUCGUCUUCCAAGAUGUGGAGGUUUUAAGCAGGACGCCCUUUUAUUUUAGAGCAUUCAUUUUUAUUUAAAAUAUUUCGGGCAUACAGUAUUUAGGCCUUACUGUCCCACAAACAGCUGGAAGCAAAUUUGGGCCGCACUAUGUUUGCUUAUACUAUUUUCUGACUUUGUUUUAAUCUGCAUGGAGAACCAGAUGUCCACAUUUUCUCAUGAUCUUCUGCUUCUAAUUUGACAAUUGUAACGGUUUCCUAAGUACUUAAUGUAUUGGAAGUGAAGUUAAAGUUAAAGGCGUCUGUAACAUUUCAACAACUUUAAAGUAAGAAGCAAUGCCACCAUGUCAUACCACUCAGUGUUUUAUUCAUCCAGGUAACGAGAAAUACAGUAUAGCACAUGAACAGGCUUCAGUCAUCUGUGAAUUAGCAAAUUCUGCAAAUGAAGAUCUAAAUCUAAAUCUAAAAAGCCAGAAAUGGAGAGAUCCAGAGGGCAAAGGAGGAGGAAAUUGGAAUUAAGUCGAUACAUUUGGAAACAUAAAAGGAAUCCUGCGAUGAAAAGGCAAAAGCUACUCAUCCUGUGCAUUCAACACACAGGAAUAGGAAAAAAAAGAGAACAUUUCAGUUUUAUGGGGAAAAAUAAAUAAAAAGUUUCAAACAUUUAAAAAAGUUCCUGACAUCUGUUUCUCCUAGCAGUUUAAAACUAAACGAGAUUCUUGAAUCCUCUCUGCCCCACGUCUGCUGCCCGUCUGCUUUUGUUCUGUGCCAAUGCAAAAAACUAUCAUAUGUAUUUUUAUUUUUUAUUGAUGCAAUAUUUACUUGCCCUGGAAACUGGAGUGAGAGGCGGGGCCGAGACGGGAGGUGUGUGUGUUUUUAAUACCUGUCAAAAAAGUGCUAGAAUUGAUUUUCAGGACCUUUUUGAAUAUUAGCAACAACAGUGUUAGUCUUUUUUUGCUGUAAAUUCCUGUAGAAAAUAAAAACUCCUAGGCAAUAAUAA